AUGGGCAAUAAGCUAUCGUCGUGCUCCUGCGCGCCCAUCUUGCGCAAGGCGUACCGCUAUGAAGACAGCCCGUGGCAGAACUCACGACGAAGAGACGGACAUUUGCUAAGAUUAUGGGCCGAGGUAUUCCACGUGUCUGCAAGUGGCGCAGGCACAGUGAAGUGGCAGCAAGUCUCGGAAGACUUGGUACCUGUGAACAUCACCUGCAUCCAGGACUCGCCCGAGUGCGUCUUCCAUAUCACUGCCUACAACUCGCAGGUCGACAAGAUCCUCGACGUUAGACUACUGCAACCCGGCACCCGUAUCGGGCAAGCGUCCGAAUGCUUCGUGUAUUGGAAAGAUCCCAUGACUAACGACACAUGGGGACUCAACUUCACUUCUCCCAUUGAUGCCAAACAAUUUAGAGAAUGUUGCUCACCAUCAUUCAAAUUCUCCCGCAAGGCUUCGUCGAGCUACAGCCUGAAGCUGGAGCCUCCUGGCAAUAAGCAAAAGUUCAAGGCCAAGAGGAAGCCACUCUCUACACCUGCCAGUCCCAAUCGAUCAAGUCUGACCUACGGACGUGAGCCGCAAUGCACAUGCAUGACACAAGAACAGUACGCCCGACUGAGAGCACAAGAUCCCCGAUAUCGUUCAUCGACUCUGCCGCGCACUACAACACGUGCGAUUGAGACAGAUGCGGGUGCUACGGGCACGGCCGGCCGCUCUGACAAAGUUGCUGCAGCCACUUCAUCUACCUCGCUGUACGACAACGUAUCCAACUCGCAACCUGCUCACCAGCCGCCACCAAAACCGGCAUCGCGACAAGCUGACACACAGCCUCCGACAAGACCUCCGAAGUCACAAGAAACAUCGACGAUGACUACCAACACAUCGACUGCACCUAAAACUGUCACUGCUUCAGUGGGAACACAUGGCACUAAUACGAACGAAGAAACUCAAGCGGGCGGCGGCGGUACAUCGUCACAGCACAGUCAAGACCUGAAGUCGGAAGGAGUACAGGCCGGUGGCACUCUCACCUCUUCAAAAUCUUCCGCAACUUCUACACGCUCUGGCAAGGAACAUCUCCAACACAUGCCCAAGAGCGUCGACUAUGGCGAUGGCAACGAAUCCUCCCGUGAAUCGGACCGGCAUGCUGCUCAUCAUCACAACGUGAUCAAUAACAACACAUCAGGAUCACGACGCACCAAAUCCAAGAGCACUGAGGACAUGAAUAUGGACUCGAGCACUCUGAAACGCAUGUUGAAGCCGAUGCCGUCAACGGAGAGCCCGGUAACAUCACCAGAGAUGGGACGUCGACGAUAUGGUGGCACAGCUCCUUGCCCGCCAUCGUGCGGCUCACACGGACACCGCCACCAGCAACACAUGCACCACGGACACUACUCACACAUCGUCAACAAUAACAGCCGACAGAGCUCGCAACGGCGUGGUGUUGGAGUUGGAGCGGCACCCAGUGGAUAUCCUGGUCGUGGACUGUACCUAGAGCUGGGCGGUGGAGAGCGUGACAUGUCACCACCAUCCGACAAUGUGAUGUUUGAUAACCAGUGUUACGCUACCACACCAUCUUCAUCAAAUGGUAACUCAGAUCAAGAGCCUUGCCAGCGCCGUGAUUCAAGACAACAUCAUCAUGGGAAGCCGUGCUUAUCUCGUCAAGCUUCUCAAUCGAGUGCCACACCAGCCCCUGGAUCUCCCACCUCCCGUUUGCUGCUGGAAUACGAGAUGCACCUGAGGAACACUCUUGCCAAGGGCAUGGACGCCGAGAGUUAUAGCUUGCAUACCUUCGAAGCUCUGCUAAGUCAAAGCAUGGAAGAUUUGGCGGAGUACAACGACAACGUGUCGUCUUCUAAUCAACGAAGCCCCUAUCCACCGCGACGACGACCGACCCAAGAAUCAAUUCUACAGUCUUUGAGACACCUUAAGGAGGCUGCGUUAAGGGACAGAGCAGCGUCACAGUGUUCCGGGGGCGGUAGCCGAUCUUCAACGUUACCACUGCCACAUCGUCUUGGUGUCGAACGACAGCACAGUGCAAGAUCUGACCGCGAUGGAUACUACAGCGACCGAAAUGAACUGAUGCGUGAACGAGAGAGGGACCGGGAGCGCGGCUACUUGAGUGAUCACAACUCCAGGGACAGAGUCCGUGAUCGUGAUCAAGGAUAUCUCAGUGAUCACCAGUCAAGUUUCGUGAGCGCAUCCCGGUGCGCUUCAUGCAUCGGUGAGUCAGCCCGCGCGGCGUGGUACCGCCACUCAGACGGGUGGCGCGGUGCCCCUCCUCCCGGCCCUCGCCGCUCCCCCUGGGACUCCCUUCCCAGUCUCCGCCAUGAAGGCAGCCUUAACGACUCCGGCUACAGGAGCAACAGGGCUGACAGCUUCGAGCAAAGAGGCGUUUUCGACCGUCAAGACAGUGUUCGUUCGGAAUACACAAGCGAUCGUGAAUCCACCCGAUAUGGAAUUGUUCAGCAAGCUUCGAUUGACAGCACCGACUCCAGGAUCUGCUACUUGACAUCGAGUGAGAUAUCGGAUGAUGAUCGCAUGUCGUUAACGACGGCGGUGUCUGACGAAGAGGACCCUGGUGAGAGCGCAAUGAAUUCUCCUUACAAAGGAAAGCAGACAGGCGCUGCAGCCGCAUCCUUCAACUGCACAGGAGCCGUCAGGAAAGCUGGGUUCCUGAGCGUGAAGAAAUGGCUUCUCCGCAAGAAGCACCAGAUUGAAUUGGCUCGCAAACGUGGUUGGAAAGGGUACUGGGUGUGCUUGAAGGGCACUACACUGCUUUUCUAUCCUUGCGAUUCCCGCGAAGGCCGCUCCGUGGAAGCAGCCCCCAAACAUUUGAUCAUAGUUGAUGGAGCCAUCAUGCAACCCAUACCAGAGCAUCCAAAACGUGACUACAUAUUUUGUCUGAGCACCGCAUUUGGUGACGCCUACUUAUUCCAAGCACCGUGUCAAAUUGAGCUCGAAAAUUGGGUGAAUAGCAUACAUAGUGCUUGUGCCGCUGCAUUCGCUCGUCACCGAGGCAAGACUGGAACUCUUCAUUUACUACAAGAGGAAAUAUAUCGUCUCGAGAAGGCUAUCGAAUCUGACCAUAAGCUAAAGCAUAUGGCGGACCUGCAACAAUCAGUAGUCUCUGAUCCCGAGACCCGGGCACAACUAGCUGUUCAAAUGCUGCAGUGGGAAGAAAAUCUUGAACGUCUACAUUGUGAGCAAUUCCGAUUGCGCUGUUACAUGGCAAGCCUUCAGAGUGGUGAACUCCCUAACCCCAAGUCUCUGCUGACCCACGUGUCGCGUGGCACAAAGAGCACUUUGAACAAGUUAGGGGUGUUCACGGUGUCAUCUUUUCACGCGUUCAUUUGCGCGCGGUCACCAUCACUGCUCAAUAAUUUACUGGCUGGACGUGGGGCAACUAAGCGGCGUGCUCCUCAACUAUCUCGAUCUAACUCCGGUUCUAGCAGACGAUCUAUGCAGAUGUCUCGUGAGGAUGGUGAGGCAGCCGUGCGAGUAUCACUCCCUGAAGGUACAACCGCUACAGUGGGAGUGCGCGAGGGCAUGUCUGUAGAAGAGUUCCUAGCAGCAGCAUGCGCCCGACGCUCACUCAAUGCUCUCGAGCACUUUGUUAGAGUGAAGAAAAGGCGCGAUAUGGAAGAUCACAACUAUUUCGUUCCUCAUCGCAGCGACCUCAUUGAAACCUAUUUGCAUACACACGAGGUUGUGGAAGUGUGCGCCAAGAUCCUGUAUCAAGUAGAAUUACAACGUACGACGUUGGAGCAAAUGUGGGGCUUCAGUGUAGAAGCUGAACUCAUUGAGAACGCGGAGCGACAAGACGAGCUCUGCUGCUACGUGAGCCGAGUUGAAGACAAGAGCGUCGCCAUGCAAAAUGGUAUAAUCAAAGGCGAUGAAAUAAUGGUAAUCAACGGAGCGAUCGUAUCUGACCUAGAUAUGAUGUACCUGGAAAGCGUUUUGCAAGAGGAGCUGUCGCUUGUCAUGAUGAUGAGGUCAUCUCGCACGGAGCCGCCUGAGUUGACGGGAGUGAUGCGCGCAGCCACCGACGAUAUAAUCGAUUCCCUCGUGUGCCCGCCACCACCCAGCGAGCCGCCAGUCAUCUCCGAUGACAUGAUAUCCGGCCUCAUCGUGCCCGCACCAGCCUGGAGUAAGGAGUUGUACAGCCCGGACACGGACGCACACGGUGGCGACGCCGUCAACACUGGCCCGCCCAAAGUCAGCUCCCGAACAAACUCGUUCGAAAUCGAAAAUCUACUCAAGAGCGCGGAGCAGGUGACAGGCUGGUGUCGAUCCCCGGCGGAGACUCGACGUGGCAGUCCGACCGGUAGUGUUGCCAGCGCUGCAGCCGGCACGCCCUCGCGACAUCUCUCCGAUGCCGAUAAACUCAGGAAGGUCCUACUGGAGCUGGUCGAUACUGAACGCGCCUAUGUCAAGCACCUGAACAACUUACUGGAAAACUACCUGGAACCUCUCAAGAAAGAAACUUUUUUAUCAAACGCCGAGAUCAACGCUUUGUUCGGCAAUAUACAGGAGAUAGUGACUUUCCAAAGACAAUUCCUGCAAAACUUAGAGGAAGCGCUUGAGGCUGAACCUAACUUCCAUCACUUUGAAUUCUCAAACCAGUUUAAGAAUGCUCUCUUCGCGGUCGGGAAUGCUUUCCUCUAUUACGUCAACCAUUUCAAAUUGUACAGUUCAUUCUGUGCCAGUCACAGUAAGGCUCAAAAAGUGCUACAUCCAAAUGAAGGUAAUCAAGCUUUACAAGAGUUUCUUGCGGCUCGAAAUCCAAAACAGCAACAUUCAUCAACGUUGGAGUCGUACUUAAUAAAACCUAUUCAACGGAUAUUAAAAUAUCCACUUUUACUUCAACAACUCAGAAAUUUGACUGAUGUUAAUUCGGAGGAGCAUCUCCAUUUAGUGGAGGCUCUGAAAGGUAUGGAAAAAGUUGCAGAGCACAUCAAUGAAAUGCAACGAAUACAUGAAGAAUAUGGUGCUAUAUUUGAUCACUUGUUUAGACAACAUCAAAAGUCUUGCAAGCAACCUAUAGAUCUAAGUCCUGGCGAUUUGUUAUACUACGGUGGAGUAGAAUGGUUAAAUAUUUCAGACUUUUUAGGAAAAAUAAAAAAGGGAUUGGAAUUGCAUGCAAUGUGCUUUGUAUUUAAAUCAGCUGUUGUCUUCCUCUGUAAAGAAAGACUGAGGCAGAAGAAAAAGCUUAUGGGUGUCUCAUCUAAAAAUAGUUCGAACGAAGUAGAAAUCAUAAGGUACCAGGUACUGAUACCGGUGACGGAGGUUCAGGUCCGGGCUUCCUCUGCCAAGGAUAUGGACAGUCAUUUCCUUUGGGAACUCAUUCAUUUACGAAGCCAACUGCAGCGUCGCUCCGAGAAAGUUUAUGUUCUGUCUAACAGCACGGCUGACUUCCGCAACGCGUUCCUGAAGACAAUCAGGCAGAUCAUCCGUGAAUCAGUUCGCAACAUGUCGCUGCCGACCUCUCGGCCUGCCCCGGCACCACCGCGAGCCCCGCACACUCUCGACCGAGAGAGACCUAAACACCAGGUGCAAGUGAUGCAAGGUUCUCAAACCCUCGGUAAAACUAAGAAGCCUAAAACAUCAGGACAACGAUUAUCGGCCGGAAACAUUGAGGUGGGUGACUUAUCACGUGAGAACUCUCAGGAUGCAGAGGAACCUCCACCAGAGCCUCCACCCGAAGAGCCUGCCUUCAGGCAUCGCAGCAAGACACUUGGCGAUACCACUGAGACGGUAGUGAAGCGCGCGCCGCCGCCGCCGCCGCCCGACGUGGACAAGUGCGACCCCGGCUGCAAGUCCGAGGGCGAGGACGAGCAGCCGCCGCCGCCCGCCAAGCGCGGCCUCGGCAGGACGCCCAACCAUCUCACACUCAGCACGACGUCGACGCUGAGUGCAGGCAGUACAGGCAGCCAGGCUCGCCUCAUCCAGUCCUCACACCAGCCCGCACAGUACCAACCCAUGACCAUGGCAAAGGAUCUAGGUAAGCAAGAAUCGCAGUCUCUCAAAUCAUCACCGGAACGAAAGACGUCUACAACAGCACCAGAGAAGAGGAUUAAGGUCAUACGUUCCUGUAGCGGCAGUAGCAUCAAUAGGGAUAGGUCUCCCAAUAGAUCGGUCGACCACACGUCACCAGAUCGAGAUCGCGUUACUAAAGUCAUCGUUUGCAAAUCUCCUAAUAAAUCCAGUUUAAAGCAGACGAAAACAUUGCAUCGAUCUCCUCGGGGAAGCUUCGAUCAAACAAAGUCUCCUCGAGGAUCCAUUGACAAAUCGCGAUCUCCUCAGCAAAGCUUCGACGGAUCUCGGUCACCUCGUGGAAGUAUCAUGAAAUCACGUGAAAAUAGCGUCGACCGGUCGCGAUCGCCAAAACCUGCACCAAAAAAAGGAAUCAUGCGAACCCCACAAGCUAGUUUUGAUAAAUCUCCCUGUAAGUCACCAAAUUUAAGCCGACGAUCUUCUAAAUCCGGUGGAGAGAAAUUAGCACGUCUUGGAACUAAUUCUUUAGAUAGAAUGACUCAUUAUUCUCAAUUAGCUAAAGCAGAAGAUAAGGCAAUAAAAAUGGGUAUCGUAGUUUCAAAAUCAACUGAAUCUAUUGCGAAGGCUAUCGAGCAUCCAACUUGUGUUCAGUGCUACCUUUCUGGAAAAAAGCAGAGUAAAACCUCCUAG